GACGCCUGUUGACGCGCGCAUGCUCCAAGGAAGGUCCGGGUGCACAAUGGAGGUGGAUGUACAUAAGCACGAACGGCGGGGUAAAUAUGAUAUAUAAGAACUACGAAGGUGCGGGUUAGCAUUGGCGGUGACACCGUCCCAACACGGGGGUUUUGGAGACAGAGAGCUGAGUUCCGGCAGAGUUUAACAACUAAACAGUUUCGGUGCUGCAGUCCUUCUUCUUCUCUCCCCCUGCUUGUCCUCUGCGGGUUUCCACGUCUUUGUGCUGAAGCGCAAAGAAGCAGAACCGUCCGGUCUGGUCGGUCUUUCCCAGCUCAGAGAUAAAUGACGAGGGGAAAAUGUCAGGAGUCAAGAUAGCGCAGCGCAAGGAGAAGUGUGAAAACUGCACCAAACAGUGCAACAAGAAACAAGGUGAAGACGGGGCCAACUCUGGCCCAGAGAGCGAGGAAGUCAAUGGACAGUUGAUCGAAGGCCCCCGGUUGCUGCUGAGCRCCUGUCUCUCCUGUGACGGCUGCCUGUCCGACGAAGAGACCCUGAAGAUUUCCCAGCAGAAUCUGGAGGAGGUGGAGCGAGUCCUGGCCCUCAACAAGAAAUGUGACUCAUCGAAGCACAAGGUGGUGGCGGCGUCGGUGUGUCCGCAGUCGCUGCCUUUCUUUGCCGUCCAGUUUGGCUUGGACAUUAACGAAGCAGCCCACAAGCUCUGCAGUUUCCUCAAGAGUAUCGGGGUAACGUUUGUGUUUGACACCACUGUAGCAGCCGGGUUCAGCAUCUUGGAGACCCAGAAAGAGUUUAUUCAGCGCUACCGCAGGAGGCACCAUGACUCUCAGGCCUUACCCAUGUUCACCUCCUCCUGCCCGGGUUGGAUCCGCUAUGCAGAACGGGUUCUGGGCAGCGUGGUCACCCCUCACCUGUGCACAGCCCGGUCACCCCAGCAGAUCAUGGGCUGCCUGGUGAAAGAUUACUUCUCUGAGCAACAGCGCCACACAUUCACACCCACAGCCGUCACCUGUGGCAACGGACACCUGAGAUACAAAUCGGUUGGUAAAAUCCGGAUAGCGUGGGAUCUGUGA